AGCGGUAGCUUCAGUCGCGUCGACGAAAGAAGCCGGCUCACAGAGGGGCCGGGCGUCGGGUCGGUUUCGGCUGCGGAGAGCACGAGUGGAGCAGAGUCAGAAUCUUGUUCUUUCUUCACGGGCCCGCGCUUCCUUACAGACAACAUGACGUCCAACGUAACAGAACCGAUCCUCCCCACCUACGAGACAGAAGAGAGCCAGUCCUCGAAACUGAUUAAAAAAUCUCGAGAGUCGCCAUUCGUCCCAAUUGGCAUUGCAGGUUUCUUAGGCGUGGUGGCGUACGGGCUCUACAGGCUGAAACACAGAGGGGACACCAAAAUGUCGGUCCAUCUGAUACACAUGCGUGUGGGGGCCCAGGGCUUCGUCGUGGGCGCGAUGACCUGUGGUGUGCUUUAUUCGAUGUAUCGGGAAUACUUGGCCAAACCCAAGCCUUAGGGAAAAGCCAACCGGAAGCCUCUGUGUAUGCUGGUGUUCUUAUGUGCUUGAGUGAUAGACAUCACGCCGAGGUGGCGCAGGAAUGCAAAACUAAACCCGAGGGCGUAGCCCUAAAAUAAAAUACAUCUCAUGCUAGUGUAAGGACUUCCGUGCUGCCAGUCUGACUCCAGUUUAGUUCCUCGUGCUGUGAUGCAACCCUUUCUUUCUGUCUUGAUUGAGGCCACAAACUGAUUGCAGAUCACAGCCCUAACCUUGCUUUACCUUUUCCUUUCACUGUACAGAACCGGCAGGUUACUCUGGGAGACCCAAGGGGUCCAGAAUGUCAUUCUUUGGUGUGAUUCCUUCAGGUUGCAGUUCGAGUAAUGAAGCAAGAAAAUCGAGGGGGGCGGGGGGGGGAUUUGACCAAUGUUGAUGGCUGCACUGAGAGUUACAAGGAUAUCAGUCUGCCCCUCACUAGUUCUGCAUUCUUUAAAACUCACCUUUUCAACUGGAAGACAAAAUAUGUGAUGGGCCAGUCCCUGCAUAUUUUGUUUCUUUCAAGCUAUUUUAUCAAGCCUUAAAUGAUGGAUUAAAUUAUUUAAAAGUUCUUAUUUAUUACACGGUGGUAAUCCAGUUGUGGCAGCCUGACUCCUUUGACCAAAGGAGACAUAGAAGUUUCUUAGAUAUAUUUUUGUAAAUUGCACCCUGCUUGCUGGGUAUAUGUCACACAGUAUUUUUAAAGUUCUGGAUCUAUUCAAGGAGUUUAAAAAUGUCUUGGAAUGUUUUGGAGUACAAAUCCCAUCACUAAGUGAUAUUUGUUAACAGCUAGGGAUCGACAGCUGACAGACUUGGGAAUUACACGUGUCUGAACAGUGGAAUUUAAAAUCUGUACGAAAAUUAUCUCGAGUUGCUUGCAUUCCUUGGUUUCGUCAUGGUAGUGGAAAUGAAGUGAAUUGUUGUAGAUCUGUCUAAUCCAAUCUCACCGGUUUUAUUAAAUACAUAAGAACCACCUCACUGUG